AUGUAUCUUUGUGUUGCCACGAAUAUUGCUGGGAAUGUGACUCAGUCUGUUAAAUUAAGUGUCCAUGUUCCUCCAAAAAUACAGCAUGGAAUUAGACACAUAAAAGUCCAAGUCGGCCAGAGAGUAGACAUCCCAUGCAAUGCCCAUGGGUCACCACCUCCUGUGUUCACCUGGUUUAAAAGUGCAAGGCCCAUGCCAAUUGAUGGGGUGCAGCUUCCUAGCAAUCCAAAUGGAACUCUGAGCAUCGAGCAGGCUGUGAUCUCAGAUGCAGGCACGUACACAUGCGUUGCCACUAACACAGCUGGCACUGAUGAAGCAGAGGCGACACUACACGUCCAAGAACCACCUACAGUGGAAGACCUGCAGCCUCCUUUUAACACGCCAUUCCAAGAAAGACUGGCCAAUCAGCGCAUCGCAUUUCCAUGCCCUGCAAAAGGUACUCCUAAACCAACCAUCAAGUGGUUACACAAUGGCAGAGAGCUGACGGGGCAAGAGCCUGGGGUUUCUGUCUUGGAGGAUGGUGCACUGUUGGUGAUUGCUUCUCUCACACCACACAACAAUGGCGAGUACAUCUGUGUGGCCAUCAACGAAGCUGGGACCACAGAAAGGAAGUACAACCUCAAAGUUCAUGUUCCACCAGCAAUUAAAGAUAAGGAACAUUUGACAAAUGUGUCCGUGUUGGUAAACCAACUGGCCAGUCUCUACUGUGAAGUAGAAGGAACUCCCUCACCUGUCAUCUCAUGGUAUAAAGACGAUAUCCAGGUGACAGAAAGCAGUACUGUUCAGAUCGUGAACAAUGGGAAGACACUAAAACUCUUUAAAGUAUCUGCAGAGGACAUGGGAAGAUAUUCCUGCAAAGCACUUAAUAUUGCAGGAACUGCUCAGAAGUACUUUAAUGUCAAUGUACUAGUUCCACCCAGCAUAAUAGGUGCCAGCUUCCCAAAUGAGGUCUCAGUUGUUCUUAACCACAACGUCACCCUGCAGUGCCAUGUCAGAGGCUCUCCCUUCCCUGCUAUCCACUGGUUCAAGGAUGGCAAGCCUUUAUUUUUGGGAGAUCCCAACAUUGAGCUUUCAGACACAGGACAGAAUCUAUAUCUGAGGAAUGCACGGAGAAGUGACAAGGGGCGCUACCAAUGUGCCGUGUCUAAUGCAGCGGGCAAACAAGCCAAGGAUAUAAAACUGACUGUCUAUGUUCCACCGAGUAUUAAAGGAGGAAAUGUUACCAUAGAAAUAUCUGCAUUGCUCAACAGCAUAGUUAAGCUGGAAUGUGAGACCCGAGGGCUUCCAGUGCCGACCAUUACCUGGUAUAAGGAUGGCCAGGUAGUCAUAUCCAGCUCACAAGCACUUUAUAUUGAUAAAGGACAAUUUCUUCACAUUCCAAGAGCACAGGUCUCUGAUUCAGCAACAUAUGCAUGCCAUGCAUCCAAUGUCGCUGGAAUGGCUGAAAAAUCAUUCCGUGUUGACAUCUAUGUUCCUCCAAUAAUUGAGGGUGACUUGGCCACACCCUCAAAUAAGCAAGUUGUUAUUGGUCAGUCAUUGAUCCUGGAGUGUAAAGCUGCUGGCAACCCUCCUCCCAUUCUCACGUGGUUAAAAGAUGGUGUACCUGUGAAAGCCAGUGACAACAUCCGCAUAGAAGCAGGUGGGAAGACACUUGAAAUCUUGAGUGCUCUAGAAGUUGACCAAGGACAAUACAUAUGUGUGGCUACCAGUGUGGCAGGAGAAAGGGAAAUCAAAUAUGAAGUUGAUGUCUUAGUACCACCAACUGUGGAAGGAGGAGAUGAAACAUCUUACUUGAUUGUGAUGGCAAAUAACUUACUGGAGCUAGAUUGCCAAGUCACAGGCUCUCCCCCACCAACUAUCAUGUGGCUAAAAGGUGGUCAGUUAAUUGAUGAAAGAGAUGGAUUUAAGAUCUUACUAAAUGGACGCAAACUGGUUGUUGCUCAGGCUCAAGUGUCAGACACAGGUCUUUACCAGUGUGUGGCAACGAACAUUGCCGGGGACCACAGGAAGGAAUUUGAAGUGACUGUUCACGUUCCUCCAACAAUCAAAUCCUCAGACCUUCCCGAGAAGACUGUGGUGAAAUACAAGCCAGUCAUCUUGCAAUGCAUAGCCAAUGGUAUUCCAAACCCAUCCAUUACAUGGCUGAAGGAUGACCAGCCUGUGAACACUGCCCAAGGAAACCUCAGAAUACAGUCUUCUGGUAGAGUUCUCCAGAUUUCCAAGGCUCUUUUGGAAGAUGCUGGCAGAUACACAUGUGUGGCUACCAAUGCAGCUGGAGAAGCCCAACAGCACACUCAAUUGCAUGUGCACGAACCUCCCAGCCUGGACGAUGCAGGAAAGAUGCUGAACGAGACCGUGGUGGUGAACAACCCCAUUCGGCUGGAGUGUAGAGCAGCAGGCAAUCCUCCUCCCGUUAUUAUGUGGUACAAAGACAACCACCCACUCUCGGGCUCCACAAGUGUAGUCUUCAUGAACAGAGGGCAGAUCCUUGAUAUUGAGAGGACUCAGAUCUCGGAUGCCGGCAUCUAUAAAUGUGUAGCCAUCAACUCUGCUGGAGCCACAGAAUUAUUUUACAGUCUCCAAGUUCAUGUGCCUCCUUCCAUCUCAGGUAGCAGUUCCAUGGUGGAGGUGGUGGUGAACAAUCUAGCAAGGUUAGAAUGUGAAGCCAGGGGCAUCCCUGCCCCGAGUCUGACCUGGUUGAAAGAUGGGAGCCCUGUCUCUAGCUUUGCUAAUGGAAUACAGGUUCUCUCUGGGGGUCGCAUCUUAGCAUUGACCAGUGCACAAAUGAGUGACACAGGAAAGUACACCUGCGUGGCAGUGAACGCUGCUGGGGAGAAACAAAGGGACAUUGACCUCAGAGUAUAUGUUCCACCCAAUAUUAUGGGAGAAGAACAGAAUGCCUCUGUCCUCAUUAGCCAAGCUGUGGAGUUAAUCUGUCAGAGCGAUGCUGUGCCCCCACCUACUCUGCUGUGGCUAAAGGAUGGCCGCCCUUUGUUGAGGAAACCAGGCGUCAGUAUCUCUGAAGAUGGAAGUGUGCUAAAGAUUGAAGAUGCUCAGGUCCAAGACACUGGUCGUUACACCUGCGAAGCGACCAAUGUAGCUGGGAGAACUGAGAAAAACUACAAUGUUAACAUCUGGGUACCACCUAGUAUUUAUGGAUCUGAUGAACUUGUGCAACUUACGGCCAUUGAAGGGAAUCUCAUCACUCUGCUGUGUGAAUCAAGUGGAAUUCCACCCCCAAAUCUUACUUGGAAGAAGAAAGGCUCUCUGGUGUUGGCUGACUCUGUUGGACGAGUUCGUAUUUUGUCUGGAGGCAGGUGGCUACAAAUUUCAGUUGCCGAGAAAGCAGAUGCAGGACUCUACACAUGCGUGGCAUCCAGUGUGGCCGGAAUUGCGAAUAAAGACUAUAAUCUGCAAGUUUACGUUCGACCAUCUAUAGCCAACAGUGGCAGCCACCGCCCCGAAUUGAUUGUCAUCCGUGGGAAGAGCAUUUCCUUGGAAUGCGAGGUGCAGGGUAUUCCUCAGCCGACAGUGACCUGGAUGAAAGAUGGCCGCCCCUUGACCACUGGAAAGGGAGUGGAAAUAUUGGAUGAAGGUCGCAUCCUUCAGCUGAAGAAUGUUCAUGUAUCUGACACAGGCCGUUAUGUGUGUGUUGCCGUGAAUGUGGCAGGAAUGACUGACAAAAGAUACGACUUAAGUGUUCAUGCCCCUCCAAGCAUCAUUGGGAACCAAGGAGUCCCCGAGAACAUCAGUGUGGUGGAAAAGAGCUCCAUAUCCCUGACUUGCGAAGCCUCUGGCAUCCCCCUGCCUUCCAUAACCUGGCUGAAAGAUGGCUGGCCCGUCAGCCUUGGCAGUUCUGUGAAAAUCCUCUCAGGAGGCAGGAUGCUGCGGUUGAUGCAGACCAGACCAGAAGAUGCUGGCCAGUAUACUUGUAUUGUAAGGAAUGCAGCUGGUGAAGAAAGGAAAGCGUUUGGACUUUCAGUAUUAGUUCCUCCUCAUAUUGUGGGUGAAAACACAUUGGAAGACGUGAAGAUUAAAGAGAAACAGAGUGUUACACUGACUUGUGAAGCGACAGGGAACCCUGUGCCACAGAUCACAUGGCACAAAGAUGGACAGCUUCUCCUAGAAGAUGAAGACCACCACUUCAUGUCUGAUGGCCGUUUCCUUCAGAUCACCAAUGCUCAAGUAUCACACACAGGACGAUACACAUGUUUGGCCUCUAACCCAGCUGGUGACAAAAGCAAAAGUUUCAGUCUCAAUGUGUUUGUAUCUCCAACAAUUGCUGGUGUAGACAGUGAUGGCAGCCCUGAAGAUGUCAUUGUCAUCCUUAAUAGCCCCACUUCGCUGGUCUGUGAGGCCUAUUCCUAUCCACCAGCGACCAUCACCUGGUUCAAGGAUGGCUCGCCUUUAGAAUCCAACCGGAAUAUCCGCAUUCUUCCAGGAGGCCGCACUCUGCAGAUAUUGAAUGCACAAGAAGACAAUGCAGGGAGAUACUCGUGUGUGGCCACAAACGAGGCUGGAGAGAUGAUAAAGCACUAUGAGGUGAAAGUCUACAUUCCACCUGUCAUCAAGAAAGGGGACCUUUUAGGGCCGGGCCUUUCCCCUAAGGAGGUGAAGAUCAGGGUGAAUAACAGCCUGACUCUGGAGUGUGAAGCUUACGCCAUUCCUUCUGCCUCCCUCCGCUGGUACAAGGAUGGACAGCCCCUUAAAUCAGAUGAUCAUGUUAGCAUCGCUGCAAAUGGACACACUCUUCAAAUAAAGGAAGCUCAAAUAUCAGACACUGGCCGAUAUACUUGUGCUGCAUCUAACCUUGCAGGUGAAGACGAGUUGGAUUUUGAUGUGAAUAUCCAAGUUCCUCCAAGUUUUCAGAAACUCUGGGAAGUAGGAAACAUGCUAGACACCGGCCGGAGUGGUGAAGCCAAAGAUGUAAUCAUUAAUAAUCCCAUUUCUCUGCACUGCGAGACAAGCGCUGCCCCUCCCCCAACUCUGACAUGGUAUAAAGAUGGCCGCUCUCUGACAUCCAGUGACAGAGUAUUGAUUUUGCCAGGAGGCCGAGUGUUGCAGAUUGCCCGGGCUAAGGUAGAAGAUGCUGGGAGGUACACAUGUGUGGCUGUGAACGAGGCUGGGGAGGAUUCCCUUCAGUAUGACGUCCAUGUACUCUUGCCACCAGUUAUCAAGGGAGCAAACGGUGAUCUCCCAGAAGAGGUCACUGUGCUGGUGAACAAGAGUGCCAGGAUGGAGUGUGCAUCCAGUGGUAGCCCAGCACCGAGGAAUUCCUGGCAAAAAGAUGGGCAGCCCUUGUUGGAAGAUGAGCAUCAUAAGUUCCUAUCUGAUGGCAGGAUUCUUCAGAUUCUAAGUGCUCAAAUAACAGAUAUUGGGAGGUACGUGUGUGUCGCUGAGAACACAGCUGGGAGUGCCAAAAAAUACUUCAACCUCAACGUUCACGUUCCUCCAGGUAUCAUUGGUCCUACCCAUGAACAUCUCUCUGUGGUGGUGAACCAUUUUAUCUCUUUGACCUGUGAGGUUUCUGGUUUUCCCCCGCCUGACCUCAGCUGGCUCAAGAAUGAACAGCCCAUCAAGCCAAAUACAAAUGUUCUUAUCGUGCCUGGUGGUCGAACUCUACAAAUUAUUCGGGCCAAGGUAUCUGAUGUUGGCGAGUACACCUGCAUUGCUAUCAACCAAGCCGGAGAAAGCAAGAAGAAAGUCUCCCUGACUGUUCAUGUGCCCCCAAGCAUUAAGGAUCAUGGUAGUGAGUCUCUUUCUGUAGUUAACGUGAGAGAGGGGACCUCAGUGUCACUGGAAUGUGAGUCAAAUGCUGUCCCUCCUCCAGUCAUCACCUGGUCCAAGAAUGGGCGGACGAUAACAGAUUCUAUUCACGUGGAGAUCUUAACUGGUGGACAAACGCUGCACAUCAAGAGAGCCGAGGUGUCUGACACAGGCCAGUAUGUAUGUAGAGCUAUAAAUGUAGCAGGACGAGAUGAUAAAAAUUUCCACCUCAAUGUAUAUGUGCCUCCCACUAUUGAAGGGCCUGAAAGAGAUGUCAUUGUGGAAACAGUCAGCAACCCAGUGACAUUGACAUGUGAUGCCACUGGGAUCCCCCCUCCUACCAUAACAUGGUUAAAGAACCACAAGCCUAUAGAGAAUUCUGACCCCCUCGACGUUCACAUUUUGUCUGGGGGAACCAAACUGCAAAUUGCCAGACCUCAGCGUGCCGACAGUGGAAACUACACCUGUGUUGCAUCCAAUAUGGAGGGAAAAGCUCAGAAAAACUAUAUCCUGUUCCUUCAGGUUCCCCCAAGCAUUGCUGGUGCUGAAGUUCCAAGUGAAGUCAGUGUCCUUCUUGGAGAAAAUGUUGAGCUGGUCUGCAAUGCAGAUGGCAUUCCCACCCCACGUCUUCAGUGGCUUAGAGAUGGAAAACCCAUAGUGAAUGGUGAAACAGAAAGAAUCAGCGUCACUGCAGAGGGCAGCACAUUAAACAUCUACAGAGCUCUCACAUCUGACAUGGGGAAGUACACAUGUGUUGCUACUAACCCUGCUGGAGAAGAAGACCGAAUAUUUAACUUGAAUGUAUAUGUUCCACCUAAAAUCAGAGGUAAUGAAGACAAGGCAGAGAAACUGAUGGCUCUGGUGGACACGUCAGUAAAUAUUGAAUGCAAAGCCAUGGGCACACCUCCACCGCAGAUCAACUGGCUGAAGAAUGGCCUUCCUCUGCCCCUCUCCUCCCACAUCCGCUUGCUGUCAGCAGGGCAGGUUGUCAGGAUCAUGAGAGCUCAGGUGUCAGAUGUUGCUGUGUACACUUGUGUGGCCUCCAAUAGAGCUGGCGUAGACAGUAAGCACUACAGCCUUCAAGUCCUCGUGCCACCAAAUAUAGACAACGCAAUGGGAACAGAGGAAAUCACCAUUGUCAAAGGCAGUUCUACCUCCAUGACAUGCUUUACAGACGGAACCCCAACUCCAAGUAUGUCUUGGUUCAGAGAUGACCAGCCUCUGGUGCUUGAUGCUCAUCUGACCAUUAGUACUCAAGGGAUGGUCCUUCAGCUCAUCAAGGCAGAACCUGAAGAUGCUGGAAAGUACACCUGUGUGGCCUCAAAUGACGCUGGAGAAAUCAGCAAGCAUUUUGUCUUGAAAGUCCUAGAACCACCUCACAUCAAUGGAUCUGAAGGACCUGGAGAGGUAUCAGUAAUUGUGAAUGACCCACUUGAGCUGACCUGCAUGGCUUCUGGAAUCCCUGCUCCUAAAAUCUCCUGGAUGAAAGAUGGCCGGCCUUUUGUACAGACAGAUCAAGUACAGAUUCUGGAAGGAGGGGCCAUCCUUCGAGUAUCCAGUGCUCAGGUGGAGGAUACAGGAAGAUAUACAUGUCUGGCCUCCAGCCCUGCAGGGGAUGACGAUAAAGAGUAUCUAGUGAGAGUACAUGUGCCUCCCAAUAUUGUUGGAAUGGAUGAGCCCCAGGACUUCACUGUGCUAAGGAACAGACAGGUAACACUGGAGUGCAAAUCGGAUGCAGUGCCUCCACCUGUGAUCACGUGGCUCAAAAAUGGGGAGCGGUUACAGGCAACACCUCGAGUAAGAAUCCUGUCUGGAGGGAGAUACUUGCAAAUUAAUAAUGCAGAUGUGGGAGACACAGCCAACUACACCUGUGCUGCCAGCAACAUCGCAGGAAAGACUACAAGAGAAUUUAUCCUCACUGUAAAUAUUCCUCCAAGCAUCACUGGUGGUCCCCAGAGUCUUGUCACUCUCUUAAAUAAGUCGGUUGUGCUGGAAUGCUACGCUGAAGGUGUGCCAACCCCAAGGCUAACAUGGAGAAAGGAUGGGGCUGUGCUAGCUGGGAGCCACUCAAGAUACUCCAUCUUAGAAAGUGGAUUUCUUCAUAUUCAGACAGCACACGUCACAGAUACUGGUCGGUAUUUGUGUAUGGCAACCAAUGUGGCUGGAACAGACCGGAGGCGAAUAGAUUUACAAGUCCAUGUUCCUCCUUCUAUUGCUCCGGGUCCUACCAAUGUAACAGUAACCGUGAAUGUCCAAACUACUCUGGCUUGUGAAGCUACUGGGAUACCAAAACCAUCAAUCAACUGGAGAAAAAAUGGGCAGCUUCUUAAUGUGGAUCAAAAUCAAAAUUCAUACAGGCUCCUUUCUUCUGGUUCCCUUGUCAUUAUUUCCCCUUCUGUGGAUGACACUGCCAGUUAUGAGUGCACCGUGACGAGUGACGCUGGAGAGGACAAGAGAACAGUGGAUCUCACUGUCCAAGUUCUGCCCACCAUAGCUGAUGAGCCCAUGGAUUUCCUGGUAACCAGACAGGCCCCAGCAGUCAUGACCUGCACUGCUUUCGGAGUGCCAGUUCCCUCAAUUCACUGGACCAAAAAUGGCAUAAGACUGCUUCCCAAAGGGGACGGUUAUCGGAUUCUGUCCUCAGGAGCAAUUGAGAUAUUUGCCACCCAACUAAACCAUGCAGGAAGAUACACUUGUCUUGCUAGAAAUGCAGCUGGCUCAGCGCACCGGCAUGUUACCCUUCGUGUCCAAGAACCUCCAGUCAUUCAGCCCCAGCCAAGUGAACUGGAUGUCAUUCUAAACAACCCUAUCUCACUUCCAUGCGAAGCAACAGGGAUACCAAGCCCAUUCAUUACUUGGCAAAAGGAAGGCAUCAACGUCAUUGCCGCAGGCAAAAGCCUUGCUGUUCUUCCCAGUGGAAGCUUACAGAUCUCUAGAGCUGUUCGGGAGGACGCUGGCACUUACCUGUGUGUGGCUCAGAACCCUGCUGGCACAGCCUUGGGAAAAAUCAAGCUGAAUGUACAAGUUCCUCCAGCCAUUGGUUCUCAUCAGAAGGAAUAUGUCACUGCCGUGGAUAAACCUGUCUCUCUACUGUGUGAGGCAGAGGGCUUCCCACCACCUGACAUCACCUGGCAUAAAGACGGGCAUGCACUUACCGAAUCCCUUCGCCAGCGCAUCCUGAGCUCAGGCGCCCUGCAGAUAGCGUUUGCUCAGCCUGACGAUGCUGGCCAGUACACAUGCAUAGCAGCUAAUGUGGCAGGAUCCAACAGCAUGAGCACCACACUCACUGUCCACGUGCCUCCGAGGAUCCAAAGUACAGAAGUACACUACACAGUCAAUGAGAACUCCCAAGUUGUUCUCCCAUGUGUUGCUGAUGGAAUCCCCACGCCUGCGAUUCACUGGGGAAAGGACAGUGUUCGGAUAGCCAACUUGUUAGGGAAAUCCACUACCCGGCCAGAUGGAGACCUCAUCUUGGAAAAUGUUGUGCUGGAGGACUCUGGCACCUACACAUGUGUUGCUACCAAUGCCGCUGGUGAAGAUACACAUGCUGUGACGCUAACUGUUCAUUCCCUCCCCACCUUUACUGAACUUCCUGGAGACCUGUCAUUAAAUAAAGGAGAACAGCUACGCUUAAGUUGUAAAGCCACCGGCAUCCCAUUGCCCAAACUAACAUGGACCUUCAACAACAAUAUUAUUCCAGCCCACUUUGACAGUGUCAAUGGACACAGUGAACUUGUUAUUGAAAGGGUGUCAACGGAGGACUCGGGCACUUACGUGUGUACAGCCGAGAACAGUGUUGGCUUUGUGAAAGCGAUUGGAUUUGUUUACGUGAAAGAGCCUCCAGUCUUCAAAGGGGACUACCCCUCUAACUGGAUUGAACCACUUGGCGGCAAUGCGAUCCUAAACUGCGAGGUGAGAGGAGACCCUGCCCCAACCAUCCAGUGGAGCCGAAAGGGGGCCGACAUAGAAACCAACCACAGGAUCCAACAACUGGGUAACGGCUCCUUGGCCAUCUAUGGCACCGUGAAUGAAGAUGCUGGCAACUACACAUGCGUGGCUGCCAACGAGGCCGGGGUGGUGGAGCGCAGCAUGAGCCUGACUCUGCAGAGUCCUCCCAUUAUCACUCUUGAACCCCUGGAAACUGUUGUGGAUGCUGGUGGCAGAGUCAUAUUGGACUGUCAAGCAACCGGUGAACCUCAGCCAACCAUCACAUGGUCCCGCCAAGGGCACCCCAUCCCCUGGGAUAACCGAGUUACCGUGCUGUCUAACAGCUCCUUGUACAUCGCUGCUGCUCACAAAGAAGAUACCUCUGAAUAUGAAUGUGUAGCCCGAAACCUGAUGGGUUCUGUCCUUGUCAGAGUGCCUAUCAUAGUCCAAGUGCAUGGUGGAUUUUCUCUGUGGUCUGCCUGGAGGUCCUGCAGUGUCACAUGUGGAAAAGGCAUCCAAAAGAGGAGCCGACAAUGCAACAACCCACUUCCAGCUAAUGGUGGGAGGCCCUGCCAGGGGUCAGACUCAGAGACACGACACUGUCAAAAGAAGUUGUGUCCAGUGGAUGGUCACUGGUCAGAAUGGAGUUUCUGGGAAGAAUGCACAAGAAGCUGUGGGCAUGGCAACCAAACCAGGACCAGAACUUGCAGUAACCCGUCGGCUCAGCACGGCGGGCGGCCAUGUGAGGGGCAUGCUGUAGAAACCAUCAUGUGUAACAUUAGGCCUUGCCCAGUUCAUGGAGUGUGGAGUGUUUGGCAGCCUUGGGGUGCAUGCAGCAAAAGUUGUGGAAAAGGCAGUCAGUCGAGAACAAGACUUUGCAACAACCCACCACCAUCAUUUGGUGGAGCCUACUGCAGCGGAGCAGAAACCCAGAUGCAAGUCUGCAAUGAGAGACACUGUCCAGUUGACGGCAAGUGGGCAGCUUGGGCCAGUUGGAGCGCCUGCACGGUGUCCUGUGGUGGGGGUGCCAGGAAGAGAACGAGGGCGUGUUCUGACCCCGCGCCACAGUAUGGAGGAAGCCAGUGUGAGGGGAGUGAUGUCCAGAGUGAUUUUUGCAAUAGUGAUCCUUGUCCAACCCAUGGUAACUGGAGCCCGUGGAGUGGCUGGGGUACAUGCAGCCGAACUUGCAAUGGAGGGCAGACGCGAAGGUACCGCACGUGUGACAACCCACGUCCCUCCAAUGGAGGAAGAGCCUGUGGGGGGCCAGAUACCCAGAUCCAGAGAUGCAACACUGACAUGUGUCCUGUGGAUGGAAGUUGGGGAACAUGGCAUAGUUGGAGCCACUGUUCUGUCUCCUGCGGAGGAGGUGAAAGGAUGAGGAAGCGGCUAUGUGACAAUCCAGUGCCAUCCAAAAGUGGCCGUUCCUGUCCAGGAGAUGCCACUCAGGUAUCCAGAUGCAAUACACAGGCAUGUCCAGGUGGACCCCAGCGAGCCAGAGGGAGUGUUAUUGGGAAUAUUAAUGAUGUUGAGUUUGGAAUCGCGUUCCUUGAUGCCACAAUAACAGACAGCCCCAAUUCUGAUACAAGAAUAAUACAGGCCAAGAUUACCAAUGUGCCCCGAAGUCUUGGUCCAGCAAUGAGAAAGAUCAUUUCUAUCCUAAAUCCCAUUUACUGGACAACAGCAAAAGAGAUAGGAGAAGCAGUCAAUGGUUUUACCCUCACUAACGCAGUGUUCAAACGAGAGACCCAAGUGGAAUUUGCAACUGGAGAGGUCUUGCGGAUGACACACGUGGCACGGGGCUUGGAUUCUGACGGUGCUUUGCUGCUCGAUGUCAUCGUGAGUGGUUACGUCCUGCAGCUCCAGUCACCUGCUGAAGUCAGUGUGAAGGAUUACACGGAGGACUACAUUCAAACAGGUCCUGGGCAGCUCUACGCCUACUCAACCCGGCUCUUCACCAUCGAUGGCAUCAGUGUCCCCUACACAUGGAACCACACCAUUUUCUACGAUCAGGCCUGGGGGAAAAUGCCUUUCUUAGUAGAAACUCUUCAUGCAUCUUCUGUGGAGUCUAACUACAACCAACUAGAAGAGACACUGGGUUUUAAAAUCCAUGCUUCGAUUUCCAAAGGAGAACGCAGUAACCAGUGCCCCUCUGGCUUCACCUUAGACUCACUGGGACCCUUUUGUGCUGAUGAAGAUGAAUGUGCAGUCGGGAAUCCCUGCUCCCACAGCUGCCACAAUGCCAUGGGAGCCUAUUACUGCUCCUGCCCCAAAGGUCUCACGAUAGCUGCAGAUGGAAGAACCUGCCAAGACAUUGAUGAGUGUGCUUUGGGUAGACAUAGCUGUCAUGCUGGUCAGGACUGUGACAACACCAUUGGAUCCUAUCGCUGUGUGGUCCAUUGUGGAACAGGCUUCCGAAGAACUUCUGAUGGGCUAAGUUGUCAAGAUAUUAACGAAUGUCAGGAAUCCAGCCCCUGUCACCAGCGCUGUUUCAAUGUCAUAGGAAGCUUCCAUUGUGGAUGUGAAGCUGGCUAUCAACUCAGAGGCAGAAAAUGCAUUGAUGUGAAUGAAUGUAGACAGAACGUGUGCAGACAAGACCAGCACUGUAAGAACACCCGUGGUGGCUUUAAGUGCAUUGAUCUUUGUCCAAACGGAAUGACCAAGGCUGAAAAUGGAACCUGCAUUGACAUCGAUGAGUGCAGAGAUGGAACCCAUCAGUGCAGAUAUAACCAGAUAUGUGAGAACACGAGAGGCAGCUACCGCUGUGCGUGCCUGAGGGGCUAUCGGUCCCAAGGAGCUGGAAGACCCUGUAUCGACAUUAAUGAAUGUGAGCAAGUACCUAAACUCUGUGCACAUCAGUGCUCCAACAGCCCCGGCAGCUUCAAGUGUGUCUGUCCACCAGGACAACAUUUGUUAGGGGAUGGGAAAUCUUGCGCUGGAUUGGAAAGGCUGUCGGAUUAUGACACUCAGUACAGUAGCUAUAACCUUGCCCGGUUCUCCCCUGUGAGAAGUGACUAUCAACCUCUGCAGCAUUACAGACAGCACUCCCAGAUCUACAGCUCCUACUCUGAGUAUAGAAACAACAGAGCGUCUUUCUCCAGGAAUAGAAGGACUCUUAGGAAAACUUGCCCUGAAGGCUCUGAGGCAAACCAUGAGACAUGUGUAGAUAUUGAUGAAUGUCAGAACAGAGAUACUUGUCAACAUGAGUGUAAAAAUACCAUUGGAAGUUACCAGUGUGUCUGCCCACCCGGCUAUCAACUCAUGCUCAAUGGGAAAACAUGCCAAGAUGUCGAUGAGUGCCUGGAGCAGAAUGUACGCUGUGGGCCGAAUCGCAUGUGUUUCAACAUGAGAGGCAGCUACCAGUGCAUUGACACACCGUGUCCGCCCAACUAUCAACGGGAUCCUGUUCUGGGGUUCUGCCUUAAGAACUGCCCACCCAAUGACUUGGAAUGUACCUUGAGCCCAUAUGCCUUGGAAUAUAAACUUGUCUCUCUCCCGUUUGGAAUAGCUGCCAAUCAAGAUUUAAUCCGGCUGGUUGCAUACACACAGGAUGGAGUAAUGCAUCCCAGGACAACUUUCCUCAUGGUAGAUGAGGAGCCAACUGUUCCUUUUGCCCUAAGGGAUGAAAAUCUGAAAGGAGUUGUGUACACUACACGCCCACUACGAGAGGCAGAGACCUAUCGCAUGAAGGUUCGAGCUUUAUCCUACAGUGCCAAUGGGACCAUUGAGUAUCAGACCACAUUCAUAGUUUAUAUAGCAGUGUCUGCCUAUCCCUACUAGGAGAUACUCCAGAACCUAGUCCGAACAUUUAAAUUGCAUUAAUCCUGGCAAUUGAAGACCCCUGCAGCUAUCUAUCUCUUGAACAGUUGCAAUCUUGGCAACUUGAAAAUGGUGCUGUACUCUGUAACCUGUUUGUUCCUUCGUACUGCUGAGAUGUCUGUCUGAUCCAACUAUGGUCAUCUAUCUUUCAGUAAGGCCUAGAAGAGUCCUUUGCUAUUUUCUUUAUUUAUUACACUGGAGCAGUUACUUCCCAAAGAUUAUUCUGAUCAGCUCGUAGGACAUUUCAUUGAUGUUGUAUAGUAGCAUAGCAGAUAAGAUUUUCAUGGAAACAAUAUUAAAAAAACUAAUUCAAAUAAAUUUUUCCAGUAUUUGGCUAUUCUUAGAAUAGUAAAACCAGUUAUUAUAUGUUUUGAUAAAAGCUUAUGGCAUAAUUUAAGAUUUUUAAAAUAUUAAUAUACAACUUAGACAUCUCCUUUCAAGGUUUUUUUUGUGUCAAUUUUAAAGUUAAAAGAGAAACCCCACUAUUUUGAAAUACAGUACAGAUGUAAGUUUGUUUAAUCCUUGUUGGAGCUUAGCAUGAUCAAAUACUCAAGAUACAUUCCCAGUGGUUUUGUGAAAUUAUCUGAACCUUUCACUAUGUUAUCAGAAAGUUACUUCCCCUUUAGGCAGUAACCGAUGGUGUGGGUCUUUGGCAUUUCAAUAUAACAUUUUAUUCACUCAGCUCCAUAACUUUUACAUUCCAUAUUUUUUAAUUUUAAUACAUAUCAAUAGAACAGAUUUCUUGAAUAUUUAUAAUCAUAUAUGUUCAAGUUAACAUGUUAAACGUCAAUACACUGUACAUGGAGGUAACAGACUCUGUAAGCAAUUGUCAAGAUGUAUUCUAUUUUUAUGAAGUGUAUAUAUUACCUUAGUGUGUAUUUUCUAUAUAAUAUCUUGAUGGACUCUUUUAUAAAAUUAUUUUAUAAAAAAUUACACUGAAAUCAGCCUAAAUAAAAAUUU